CUAUAUUUUAAGGUAAAAAACACACAGUCUCCAUGAGAAAGCGACUUCGCUCACACUUUGGCUGGCUUUAUCCCAUUGCCGAUUCGGGGCGUGCCUCCAACUCUGCAUCACUUAAAGGGACCGGCUCAAAAAGGCACAGCGUCGGAAAGACCGCGAAGGUGAGCGCCCGGCAGGGAAAACCGCAAAGAUGAACCUCUCGGCUUCGUGCGGGCUCCUUCUACUCGCGAUGGCCGCGGCGGUGGGCUCGUCCCAUGCCCGCCGCUACAGUCCCGACUGGUCAUCGCUGGACACUCGGCCUCUGCCGCCUUGGUUCGACGAGGCCAAGAUCGGCGUGUUCCUACACUGGGGCGUGUUCUCGGUGCCCAGCUUCGGGAGCGAGUGGUUCUGGCACAACUGGCAUGAGAUGCAGCCCGCGUACGUGGAGUUCAUGGUGCGCAACUACAGACCGGGCUUCACGUACCAGGAUUUCGCCCCAGAGUUCACGGCUGAGUUCUUCGACCCCGCUCGUUGGGCCGAUAUCUUCGCCAAGUCGGGAGCCCGCUACGUGGUGUUGACGGGCAAGCAUCACGAGGGCUUCACCCUCUGGCCCUCGAACGUCUCGUGGAACUGGAACGCCCAAGACGUGGGACCGCACCGGGACCUGGUGGGGGACCUGGCAGAUGCUGUUAGGCGCCGCGGAGGAAUGCGGUUCGGCGUGUACCACUCCAUGAUGGAUUGGUACCACCCACUAUACCUGGCCGACAAGGCAUCCGGAUUCGAGAGUGCCCUGUUUCCACCCGCCAAGGCCAUUCCGGAACUGGUGGAGAUCGUGAAUAGAUACGAACCAGAUAUUGUGUGGUCUGACGGAGAAUGGGAAGCGCCCGACACUUACUGGAACAGCACGUCUUUCCUCGCCUGGCUGUACAACGACAGCCCCGUGCGCUCCACCGUGGUGGUCAACGACCGCUGGGGCAAAGGCGUGCGCUGCAAGCAUGGCGACUUCUUUAACUGCGAUGACCAGUUCAAUCCGGGCGUGCUUCAGCCACACAAGUGGGAGAACUGCCUACCAAUUGACCAGCGUUCCUGGGGCUACAGACGCGAUGCAAGCCUCUCGGACUACCGCACCAUCGGCGAGCUCCUCGACAUCCUGGCCAGCACGGUCAGCUGCAACGGCAACCUUCUCAUUAACGUCGGCCCGACCAAGGACGGCAUCAUCGUUCCGGCUUUCGAAGAGCGGCUCACUCAGCUGGGGCAGUGGCUUGCGGUCAACGGCGAAGCCGUCUACGGAUCGCAGCCCUGGAAGCACCAGAACGACACUGCCACGCCGCACGUGUGGUACACGGCCAAGGCUGACGUAGUGUACGUGUACGUGAUGAGGUGGCCCAAGAACGAGCAGCUCUUCCUGGAGUCUUUGGAAUUGUCGCAGCAAAGUACAGUUACCAUGCUUGGGCUGCCCACCGAAGAAACUUUUUCUUGGGUGUCACAUCAAUCUUUAGCAGACGUGGGCCAACGGCCAGCAGCUAGGAAGGGCACGACUGUCUUCUUUCCCAAGCUCACCCCAGACAAGCUGCCCACGCCGUGGGCAUGGGUGCUGAAGGUUGAAGGUGCCAUCUAACUUUGAUUUAGGUGAAUGUUAUUGCUCUUGGAUGAACGACUUUCAUGCUUUUCAUGGUCUCGUUCAUACUGAAAUAAAUUCCCCUUGCCGCAUACUCCUCCGGAGUGACAGCGGCAAAUCAGAAAUAAACAAUAACGUGUUGGGAUAUUGCAAGUGUUGCUCAGCGUGCAACUUGGCAUUAGUUUAGUUAAGGCUUAGGGAAAAGGUCCUGCGAAAGGAGCAGAAUGUGGAGAAGAACUGUUGCGGAAACAUUCGAAGGUGACAACAGCAGCAUGAGCAAGACAUGAUGACGACAAGAGAAUCGAUCACGGCAGCGUGACGAAAACGGCCAGAUGGCUACAGAAUGGCGACAGCGUGACGACGGUGAAAUGGCAACGACGACGCAUUUGCGCUAUGUUCUCCAUACUUUCUCAUGCCACCGAACCCAGAUAUUUCUCCGACCAUUCACUUUAGUUCAUGGAAUUUUCACCCACUGUGGCAGUCAGUAUACUCGAACAUACCUGGUGAGCUACAUGGCUUUCCCCGAGAAUGAAAGACUUCACUCACCCGCCAGCGCUGUAUCGCUAACCUCCAAAGCAAAGACAUCAACCCUGGAACGUUGGCAAGAGUGAGUACCGAUCGUUAAACAAUGACAAAGGGUGUAGCGCCGGUUCCUGUCAUUUACUAUGACAGUUUCGCGCAAUUUAUCUUCACGCAUCUACCCCGACAGGCACGCUAACUUUCGCCCACUCUUUCGCCAACGUAUCUAGAAUAAGUGAAUGGACGCACACUUGGAUAUAUGCGUACUUUGUACACACAAUAAAUGACGAACUACAUCGACAGCACACGAGUCGUCGAAGCUGAA